AUGCUAUGUGGAACAUGUGUAAGACUGGGAAAUAUAACAAAAUGGGUGUUGACUCAAGACCCAAUAGUCCCAUUAUUCAUAGACAUCAUGACUCCGAUAUGCUACUUUAUACCAAUGAAAGCUUGGAGAACCAAAUGUCACAACUUUACACAUACUGAACUAAGCAAAAUUUAUGAAUCUAUCAGGAAAGUGGAUGUUACUAAUGUCUGUAGAAGAAUGGGAUUCUGCAGUGCAAAGAAACCAACUCCAACAGUGGAGGAUAGCGAUUCAUGCAUCAGUGAGAAUAUAAAUUAUGCUUUAUCUCUGGCUACUACACCCGAAUACAUGAACAUGUUCACAGAAAGUUUAUGUGAGAACCAUGCAGCUAAUGCAACUGAGUGUGUCAACACAGUAAAAACGGCGAUAGACUUUCUACUGCAGUUUAUCAUCUAA